AUGGAGCUCAAGGACAACACCAUCAUAGUCGUUCUAGGCGCGUCCGGCGAUCUGGCAAAGAAGAAGACUUUCCCUGCGCUCUUCGGCCUUCACCGCAACAACUUCCUCCCCAAGAACAUUCGCAUCGUCGGAUAUGCACGAACGAAGAUGGACCACGAGGAGUACCUCAAGCGCGUCAAGUCGUACAUCAAGACCCCCACAAAAGAGCUUGAGAAGCAACUCGAGGAGUUCUGCGGCUUCUGCACAUAUGUAUCUGGCCAGUAUGACAAGGAUGAGUCCUUCCAGGAGCUCGAGAAGCACCUCCAAGACCUCGAGAAGGGUCGCAAGGAGACCAACAGGAUUUUCUACAUGGCGCUCCCUCCCAGCGUCUUCAUCACAGUCUCGCAGCACUUGAAGCGCAACUGCUACCCAAAGAACGGCAUUUCUCGUGUUAUCGUCGAGAAGCCCUUCGGUAAAGAUCUUCCCAGCUCCCGAGAGCUUCAGACUGCGCUCGCACCAGACUGGACCGAAGAUGAGCUCUACCGUAUCGAUCACUACCUGGGCAAGGAGAUGGUCAAGAACAUCCUCAUUCUCCGAUUCGGCAACGAGUUCUUUGGCGCCACAUGGAACAGGAACCACAUCGACAACAUUCAGAUCACAUUCAAGGAGCCUUUUGGCACAGAGGGACGAGGAGGCUACUUUGACGAGUUUGGCAUCAUUCGUGACGUUAUGCAAAACCAUUUGUUGCAAGUCCUCACCCUCCUCGCCAUGGAGCGACCAAUCUCCUUCUCCGCCGAAGACAUCCGUGACGAGAAGGUCCGCGUUCUUCGUGGCAUGGCCGCGAUCGAGCCAAAGAACGUGAUCAUUGGCCAGUACGGAAAGUCCCUUGACGGCACGAAGCCCGGCUACAAGGAGGAUGACACUGUCCCUAAGGACUCUCGAUGCCCUACCUUUGCCUCGAUGGUCGCAUACAUCAAGAACGAGAGGUGGGAUGGUGUACCUUUCAUUCUGAAGGCAGGAAAGGCCCUUAACGAGCAGAAGACCGAGGUGCGCAUCCAAUUCAAGGAUGUCACUUCAGGCAUCUUCAAGGACAUUCCCCGAAACGAGCUUGUCAUUCGCGUACAGCCGAACGAGAGUGUGUACAUCAAGAUGAACUCGAAGCUGCCCGGUCUCAGCAUGCAGACUGUUCUCACAGAGCUCGAUCUCACCUACAGGCGGCGCUUCUCCGAUUUGAAGAUCCCAGAGGCCUACGAAUCACUCAUUUUGGAUGCGCUCAAGGGUGACCACUCCAACUUUGUCCGUGACGAUGAGCUCGAUGCCAGCUGGAGGAUCUUCACUCCUCUGCUACACUACCUCGAUGACAACAAGGAGAUCAUUCCUAUGGAGUACCCUUACGGAUCUCGCGGCCCUGCCGUGCUUGACGACUUCACCUCAUCUUACGGCUACAAAUUCAGCGACGCAGCAGGCUACUCAUGGCCCAUGAACGAGCAGAAGCUGUAAAAUGCACUUACGCGAAUACGAAUCGGGAACAUUGGAAACUCUCGUCAGGAAGUUCUUCAGGAUUAACGAACUUUGGGCGAUUGCAUGACACACGCAAGGAGCAAAUAUAAGUCUCAACACACAUAGAUAAUGAAUGUCAUGGCUCUUCAUUGCGGAA